UUAUAAAAAUUAUUUGUUUACAUUUGUUUUUAUUUUUAAAAACUUCUCGCAAUGUUCACUGACAAAGCAUUUGAAUUAAUUAAGGAAUUAGAAAGAGCCUCACAAACUAUUCCACCUUUUGAUGACGAUGGAGUGCGACAAGUUCUCGAAGAAAUCAAAGCAAUUUUUGAAGAAAACUGCACUCAAGCUAAUAAUUACUCAACAACAGGUGAUCGUACGCUUUGGCCAUUGCUAAAUUAUCGUCAUGCCGCCUUGCAACGCAACAAACGAUGUUUACUUGCAUAUCUCUACCAACGAUUGCAAAAGAUUAAAGCUGUUCGAUGGGAAUUCGGUCCCAUCAUUCCGGCAGACAUCAAGGAAUCUCUGUGCGAACCAGAGGUAAAUUUCUUUAAUUGCUAUUCAAAAUCGCUAGCCACUUAUAUGCGAUCAAUUGGAGAUGGGCAAGGAUUAGACUUGACGGGUGAUUUGAGACCGCCAAAGUCACUUUAUAUUGAGGUUCGUUGCAUAGAAGAUUAUGGGAAAUUCGAAUUGGAAGAUGGUGAAGUGAUUUUAUUGCGUAAAAAUAGCCAACAUUAUUUGCCCAGAUCUCAGGUAGAGUCUCUAAUAAGACAAGGUAUUUUGCAGCAUAUUGCUUAGUUAAGUUGAAAAGUAAUUUCAAAUUAUUUUAUUUUAUAUUUUAAUAAAUUGUUUUUUUAUAUUAA